GAGGGGGAGAAUUAGUCCGAGUGGAGCGAGCGAGCAGAGUGGUUGUGUAGUCGAGUCCCGGAGACCGGUAGCGCUUGCAGCAUGGCUGACCAGCUGACUGAAGAGCAGAUUGCAGAAUUCAAAGAAGCUUUUUCACUAUUUGACAAGGAUGGUGAUGGAACUAUAACAACAAAGGAGUUGGGAACUGUAAUGAGGUCUCUUGGGCAGAAUCCCACAGAAGCAGAGUUACAGGACAUGAUUAAUGAGGUGGAUGCUGAUGGUAACGGCACAAUUGACUUCCCGGAAUUUCUGACAAUGAUGGCAAGAAAAAUGAAAGACACAGACAGUGAAGAAGAAAUUAGAGAAGCAUUCCGUGUGUUUGAUAAGGAUGGUAAUGGCUAUAUUAGUGCAGCAGAGCUCCGCCAUGUGAUGACAAACCUUGGAGAGAAGUUAACAGAUGAAGAGGUUGAUGAAAUGAUCAGGGAAGCAGAUAUUGAUGGUGAUGGUCAAGUAAACUAUGAAGAGUUUGUACAAAUGAUGACAGCAAAGUGAAGACAUUGUACAGAAUGUGUUAAAUUUCUUGUACAAAAUUGUUUAUUUGCCUUUUCUUUGUUUGUAACUUAUCUGUAAAAGGUUUCCCCCUAUUGUCAAAAAAAAUAUGCAUGUAUAGUAAUUAGGACUUCAUUCCUCCAUGUUUUCUUCCCUUAUCUUACUGUCAUUGUCCUGAAACCUUAUUUUAGAAAAAUUGAUCAAAUAACAUGUUGCAUGUGGCUUACUCUGGAUAUAUCUAAUAAGCCCUUCUGCACAUCUAAACUUAGAUGGAGUUGGUCAAAUGAGGGAACAUCUGGGUUAUGCCUUUUUUUUUUAAGUAGUUUUCUUUAGGAACUGUCAGCAUGUUGUUGUUGAAGUGUGGAGUUGUAACUCUGCGUGGACUAUGGACAGUCAACAAUAUGUACUUAAAAGUUGCACUAUUGCAAAACGGGUGUUUUAUCCAGGUACUCGUACACUAUUUUUUUGUACUGCUGGUCCUGUACCAGAAACAUUUUCUUUUAUUGUUACUUGCUUUUUAACCUUUGUUUUAGCCACUUAAAGAAAAUCUGCUUAUGGCACAAUUUGCCUCAAAUCCAUUCCAAGUUGUAUAUUUGUUUUCCAAUAAAAAAAUUACAAUUUACCCAA